AAAAAAAAAAAAAAAAAAAAAAAAAAAAAAAAAAACUUUCGGAAAUGUGUUAGGAUAAAAUUAAGUCCGUACUAGAAGAAGAUAAAUACAGUUAAAAAAAACAAUAAAAGAAGAUGAGUCAUCAAAAGUAAAAUGAAAAGCCAAAGAAUAGUGGCAAUUUGGCAAAAUACAGUAAUAAUCCCUGCAUUGCAGUUGGCAGAGGAACCCCGUUAGUGCACUACUGCAGCUCCUGCCAACAAGAGAGAAAUAAGGAGAGAGAAAAUCACAAAAUCUCCUUAUAAUACGACAAUUCCUUUUCGUACACUGCUCUCUGCUCACUCACUCUACUCACUCUUAUACUCUCUCCCACAAUCAAACACACUCCCCAUUUCUGAUUUGAUUUCUAUUUCUCUCUCCUAAUACUCUGUUUUUCUAUUUCUAAAUUAUGGUGGGUCUUCGUUCAAUUCCGACAUGGUUGGAUGCUCUGCUUCAUGAGAAAUUCUUUGAGCCUUGUUUGCUUCAUUCCGAUUCUUCUUCUGAUAAGAAAUCUGAGAAAAACCUUUUCUGCUUUGAUUGCUGCUCUAGUCUCUGUCCUAAAUGCCUCUUUCGCCACCGCAAACAUGUCCUUCUUCAGGCAAGACGAUACGUUUACAAUGAUGUUCUUAAACUGUCUGAUGCUGAAAAACUCAUGGAUUGCUCUGGUAUUCAAGGAUACAUAACAAACAGUGCAAAAGUGGUAUUUUUAAGACAAAGGCCAAAAUCUCGAUUCAACAGAAGCCCAAGUACUGGAAAUUGCUGCUUCACCUGCAAUCGCUCUUUACAAGAACCUUUCCUUUUCUGCUGUCUCUCUUGCAAGGUGGAGCAUAUAAUCUCAACACAAGGGAGCUUAAGAAUCAACGUAUCAGACCACAAAAUGUUGGGAUUUUCCGACAUUGACGAGUUUCAAGUAGUAACACCAGACUCAGUCCUUGACUCGUCCGGUUCAAUUCCAACUUCAUCAGGUUCAACUUCAAGCAAUGACCUUCGGACCGCUCUACUUUGCACAGCAUCUACAGAAAUUGUCAGGAAAAGGCGCAGUAAUCUAAGUGGUGUAGCUCGGCCCGGUUCGAACCGCCCUUCUUCUGUUGAUUCAGCGUGUCGUCGAUUAGCUGAACCGGCUGAACAUAAUCACAAUUCUCUGAACCGGAGGAAAAAAGGGGUCCCGAACCGGUCUCCUCUCUGCUGAAAGAAAGUGAAGUUUCUGAACACAAUCCCAUAAAAAAUGAAAAAGAAAUUUGUGAAGAGGAAAAUUAUUGGUUGGUUUUUCAGUAAAGGGUUUUACUAUUUUUAGGUAGAGGGAAGUAAAUUUUUGUUACUUUCCCAAUUUUGUAGAUGAGGUUAAAAAAUAUUUACUGAUUUGGGCACCUAUAUGAGGUAAAAAAAAAAAAAAAAAUUGAUUUAGUAGGGUUGCUAAUUUGGAUAGGUAUAGUAAUUUCCACAAGAUACUUGGAUAGAAAAUUAACUCAAUCUUUAAUUUUGGAGGGUUAUACCUUUAACAUAUGGUAUGUUAAAUUAUUAGUGGUUGAACUAUAAUCUUUAGUAAUGUUACUAUUUUGGAUUAUUCUUGUUACUGCAUUAAUGUUUUUUUUUUUUACCAUAUUAAUUGUUUGUUUCUUUGAUUUUAGAAUGGUUUCUUUUUUAUGUCUACUAGUAUGGGGAUCAAUUUUACUAUGGUUUCUUUAUUUAGCUUAUGAAUCUAGGGAGCAUGCUAUUUCUCAUCCAUUGUGAUGUUUAAGUGAAGUUAUAUGCAUACACUUGGAGGAUUUUGUACCUCGUUUUGGAACCAUCACCUUUCUCGAUAUUUUAACUUUUCUUCUCAAAACGUGAUCAAUACAUUUUCUAAUUCACAGCAUUAGUCAUUUUAGCUUUUAUGAGUACACGAAAUGAUGGAAUAUUAUAAUGUGAUUUUUAACGUUAGUAUGGGUGUUGUAAUGACUUUUAAGAGAGUUUUCGCAUUACACAUCUCUAUCCGUAAGACGGUUGAGUAAUACUAUUGUAUUAAAAUCAUUCAAUUGUAGACUCUUGACUCUCUCAGAAAAUGAAAAUGCAACAUUUAUUGAGAAAAAAAAAUUGCAACUUUAAAAAAUUAAUAACGAUAGCUUUAGAAUAUGUGAUAAGUGAAGGGUCCACAACCUUACUUCGCAAUGGACCCAGUGUCCCUAACCCAAGACCCAACAAAACAGAAAAGAAAAGAAAAAAAAGGAAAAAAUGAUUGAUACUAGUCGUACUAAAUAGCUGGGUUAGGCCAGUACUCAGUACUUGAGUAGGGACUGGACAGAAAAAAAAGCCCAAGACCCCAAAUUGUGGGC